AUGCCUGCUUCGUCGUCGUCGGCGUCAUACGAGAAGGCCAAAGAGGUCAUGGCCAUGGCCACGUCCGUCGCCGCGUCCAUGAUGCUGGUGCGCAGCCUCGCCAACGACCUGAUCCCGCCCGAGGCGCGCAGCCUGCUCUCCUACUGCCUGAGCGGCCUGCAGUCCCGCAUGGCGUGGCGCCACACCAUUGUCGUCGAGAAGACCGACGGGUAUUACACCAACAACGUCUUCUACUCCGUCAAGACCUACCUCGCGUCGCGCAUGGAGAACGACAACGCCACCCGCGACGUGCAGCGCCUGCGCCUCAGCAGCGGCGGCUUUGGCCUGGACGACGAGGACGACCCCGAGAAGCUCGUCCUCGGUAUGGAGGAGGGCGAGGAGAUGAUCGAGGUCUACCAAGGCGCCGAGUUCAGAUGGAGCCUCCACUCCCACGACCUCCCCGGCGACUCCUCCACCACCCUCGGCCGCGGCGGCGGCAGGCAGUACUACGAGCUCACCUUCCACAAGAAGCACAAGGAGAAGGCCAUCAAAGCAUACGUCCCCCACAUCCUCGCCACCGCCAAGGAGAUAAGGGACAAGGACAGGCCUCUCACCAUCUACAUGAACGACGGCUCCGACUGGUCUCCCAUGGACCUCAACCACCCCUCCACCUUCGACACGCUCGCCAUGGACCGCACGCUCAAGCGAUCCGUCAUCGACGACCUCGACAAGUUCAUCAAGAGAAAGGCAUACUUCAAGAAGAUCGGCAAGGCCUGGAAGAGGGGCUACCUGCUCCACGGCCCGCCCGGCACCGGCAAGUCCAGCCUCAUCGCCGCCAUAGCCAACCACCUCAGGUUCGACAUAUACGACCUCGAGCUCACCGGCGUCCACAGCAACUCCGACCUCAGGAAGCUUCUCAUCGGGAUGACCAACCAGUCCGUCCUCGUCAUCGAGGACAUCGACUGCACCAUUGACCUCAAACAACGAGAUGAUGAUAGUAACACUUCUUCUAGCACCACCAAGGACGACAACAACAAGCAGGUAACCUUGUCCGGGCUUCUCAACAUCAUCGACGGCCUAUGGUCCACCAGCGGGGAGGAGAGGAUCAUCGUCUUCACCACCAACUACAAGGACCGUCUCGACCCCGCGCUUCUACGGCCCGGCAGGAUGGACAUGCACGUCCACAUGGGAUACUGCACCACCGAGGCCUUCAGGACUCUCGUCAACAACUACCACUCCAUCGACUACCAUGCCACCUAUCCACAGAUCGAGGCGUUGAUGGAGGAGGUGGAAGUGACGCCUGCAGAGGUCGCCGAGACCUUGAUGAGGAGCGAAGAACCAGAUGUCGCCCUCCAUGCUCUUAUCGAGCUCCUAAAGUCAAAGAAAGAAUUGUUGGCAGAAUCUGCCACUACCAGUACGGAUCAGGAGGAGGAUUGUGAUCGUGCUAAGGAGGACGAGGAGGAUUCCGAUGAUGCCAAGGAUAAUAGUGGCGAUGAUGAUAACGAAGCUGAAAGCUAG